GUCCUCCUAUUGGUCUGGCCCAUUUUCCCGGAAGUGGUGUCCGGGCGACGGGGAGCGAGGAGGGCCAAGAUGUCCGAGUACGAGGCGGUGCAGCGCGGGCCUCUCCGCCUCAAGGCCGGCUCCGGGGCGGCGGCGACGGCGGCGGAGAAGCAGCGGAAGAAGAGGAAGAGGAAGAAGGCCGAGGGAGCCGGGGAGGAAGAGGACGGGAGUGCCCGGGUGGAGAAAGGCGUGAGCAGCAAGACCCCCGACGACAAGGAGGAGGAGGGCGAGGAGGAGGAGGAGGAGGAGAAGCGGGCCCUGGACAAGCGCACCCCGGCCCAGCUGGCCUACGAGAAGAUCCAGGAGAAGCGGCAAAUUGAGCGCAUCCUGAAGAAAGCCUCCAAAACCCACAAGCAGAGAGUCGAGGAUUUCAACCGGCACCUGGACACGCUGACCGAGCAUUACGACAUCCCCAAAGUCAGCUGGACCAAGUGAGCCCGGCCCGUCCGCUCUCUUCUCCUGCACUACGUUUCCCAGGCGAGUGCGACGUUUAUAUCUCGCAAGGACUGAACGGGUGUCUUGAUUUCCCCGCCGGAAUCUUUUAUGGUCUGUUUCCAUUGUGCCGUUCUUAAUAACGGGUGCAUCAGACGAUCGUAGAUAAAUUAAAACUAACGAAUACACACACAAAA